UUUUAUGUUACAUCUUCUGUUGUUUAAUGAAUGUUUAUUGCAUUAUUUAAGUAUUGUGAGUUACCAUGAUGGUGUUUUGCAUUUGUGUGAAUGACUCUUUAACACCUUCUUUAUGUUAGUAUAUCCUUCAGCUACUUGUGAUGAACUUAUGUGGUUUUCAUGUGGUUUUCUCUUUACCACCUGCAUUAUUAUGGUAGUUGUCAGUAUAUGUUAAAGGUACAAAACAGAUUUUAGUAGUAGUGUGCAUUGUUGAAUUUAUUGGUUUGCAUUCAAAUUUUCUUAAAUUACAGUGUUAUAUUGUAAAAUUUACUGUUUGCAUGAGCAGUAAGUUGCUGGCUGCAGUUCAUCUAACGGCCACUGUUGUCACUAAUAACAAGGGUUUCUGACAUAGCCCCUUUAAUUGAAAGGGAAAACAGAACUUUUUCUCAGUAAACAAAACUUAAAGGUGUGGUAUGUAAGAAUGACAGUUGGGUACUGCAGUCCAAAUUCAAAAUAUUUUUUGCCCCGCCCCUUCCUCCUCAGACUCUACGCUCACACGGGUUGCCAUUUUGAGGACACGCAACAGGAGUGAGCUCAAUUGACAGUGGAAGGCGAGGAGACUUACACUGCAAGUUGAUGAGUUGAUUUAUGAUGAGUUGAUAUCUUACCGUUCAUAGAGAUUUUUAGAUGGAUGCUGAGGCUUUUUAGGUUGGGUAGAAGCUGCGAUCUCUGACACGUGUUUGUUCGCUGGCUUCCAUGGCUGCAAUUUACUGCAUAUGUUUCCCGCCAACUGGCAAAAUUUAUUGGGUAAAUUGGCAAUGUGCAGUCUUGCACAGACCAAAACAAAAACAGACAUUCCACACAGAAUGCACAUUUUAAAGUAAAAUAACUGGCUGUAAAAAUGGUUUUCAGAGAAACAAGUAUGUGAGCAUGUUUCCUAAAUUUCUGCAAACAUUGGCUAUUAUGGUAUUUUUAUGCUCUAGUAGAGUCAAAAACUUACAUACAGCACCUUUAAUAGGCUUUUUGCAUUUCAAGUAAAUUUAUCUUGAUUUAAGAAUGUUUAGGUAUUUGUACUAAACAAAACAAAAAUACUAAGCUAGUCAUUUUUUUUUUUUGCCAAGUUACUAGUAAAUUUCAUAAAUAAUUACAAUGAAAUGCAGAAAGACUGAAAUAGUAUAUUCUUGAAAAACACUCCAAUAGUCUGUUUUAUUUACAACUUGGAAAAAUAUUUUUUACAGUGUAUAAUGGGGAGAUUUUAGUUAAAAUGUAUUCAGUGGGGAUCCAUUUGUCAAAAAAAAAAAAAAAAGAAGCUUUUUAUAAUUAUAUAGGCCAUUAUUAUAUACAUAUACAAUUAUACAAUAUACUUUUGUAUUACAAAUUAAAAUAUCGGCAUUAAUUAUUAGUAAAAAAAAGUUGAAAAUGCACAUGAAUUACGUUUGUGAUUCAAUGGGUGGAAGCUGUAAAUCUGAACGUUUGAGAAAAGAUUUGAUUUGUGACCUAAAAAUAAUUAUAAAUGUCAUAAUGUUCCGUUUCUUUCUUAACAUGUUAGCUACCUGUAGGCUUGUGCGUGCACAGAUCAGUAACUCUACAUUUAAUCUGCACUUCAUGCACUGGGAAAAGGCGUGAAGAAAAGGUCUGCUCCAAUUAGGUGACUUUUGGAAAAGUUUUCUGCUUCUGCAUAUGGGUGUGCGUUUCCACAGCCAUCUCUCUCUCCAAGUUUCCAGGGAAACAGACGGGCAGAUCAGAGAACAGCAAAUCAAACACAAUUAUACAUCAUCUUCGAGCACUAUUUCAUUCAAAACGCCUCUCUCACACACACUCUGCAUGGCCAGCUAUAAUAUUCCAGCGGUUGUGAAUAAUAGACACAAAGGGUUUAAUUGAUAAGGCGUUUUCAACCUGCCAUUCGCAGCCCGCUCGUAGUUAUCCAUGCAUCAUGAUUUUCCUGACGGAGCAAAGCAGUUUUCCUGCAUGGGAAACGCCUGUUUUUGAUGAUUUUAUGUUCAGAAUGGCAUACUGCAGUAUCACUUUUGUAUGCAUACUGUGCAGUAAGGUAAACUGUAUGCCUACGCUUGAAAUUAAGCAAUAUUGUGCGCUAUAUGGUGUAUUGAUAAAUGAGCACAAAUGACAACCACGACUUUUUUUUCAAUCUGACAAAUGUUAAUGUUGCGCAAAAGCAAAUUAUUUCUAAAUUGCCUUAAUUUCGGACAUGAUAACUGGAAACCACUGAGGUCAUGUGAUGACGACGUAUUGAAAUAUUGAUCAUUGCAUAAUGCUUUUUGUUAACACAUAUUUAAAAAAAAAAAAAAAAAGGGGAGAAUGCAGUAGCCUAUAUAAUGCAAUGUUUUGUAAGUAGUAAUCUAGCAUGCUUCAUCUUGUUUUUUGCAGUAAAAUGUGUGCUAGCAUUCAUUUCUUAACUUUGCUAAUAUGUACUCUUACACAAACUGUUUUAAAGUAACGUACAGUGCUUAUUCCAUUCCAAACAUAACAAAUAUUUUCCAUUUUGCAUAUUUUUAAAUGGUAUGGGUUAUAUUAUAUAGGCCCUAUAGGGGCUAUAGUAGUAUUCAAUAAGUAGUCUAUUCUAUUCCUAACAUCGCCAAUUUGUAUUCUUUAAUUUUGUAUUCUUUUUUAAGUGGUAUAGACAGUAGGCUAUACAGUGCUAUAAGCAGUACACGCUAGUAUUUCUUUGCGAACACAUAUAUUGAUACGGACUGCGAGUAAUUCCAGAGUGGUGCGCGUUACCAUACGCUCCCCAUUGCGCACUCCCAUUGGCUGAUAUGCGCGUGCACGGGGGUUGGAGCGCUAUUAAAACCGCGAGUGGACGCGCAGUGCAAACAGACAGUUCUGUCCUGGAGUACCGGAGACCUGAACGAGGGAGAGACGAACAAGAGCAUAUGGAUUGAAGCAAGGGCAUUUACUACUGUACUCUCCGGACCACAAACCACUUCACGGUGCAAUUGCACAUCUCUCCCAGACCUCACCGAGAGAUGUGGCUGCUGGAAAAGAUCCGCGGUUCAGUGGAGGGAAACGUUCUCCGGCAGGGAGACUCGGCGGACAAACAGAGCAAAGCCCCCACCUACUGCAAUGUCCUCACCCCUGACAAGAUUCCUGACUUCUUUAUUCCACCCAAAUUGGUGUGCUGCCCACCAGAGGAGGAGACGCCAGAGAUGAAGCCAAAAAACGGGCUCCACUCUUCAACAUCAGAGCAGACCAUAUGCUGCAAGACGCCGCAGGGCAGUCCGCGCAGCCCACGCCUCAUUAACAAGUUGGCUGGAGACACCAAGAACUUGCUCAAAGCUGCAAACCGCCAUAUCAUCCAGAUUGAGAGCGCAGAUGACUUGGUGGUUGGGGAAGUGGGUGACCUCAACACGAACGCCGACCCGCAGUCCCAAACGGCCAUGUCCCUGCCUUACGUACCCAAAGCACAGACCUCCUACGGUUUCGCCACGCUCAUGGAAAGUCCUCACACGAGACGUAAAGAGUCUCUCUUCCACAGCGACCCCACAAGUCCACUCACCUCACCCAACACCCAACGCAAGUCGCAGGGUAACCACUUAAACCCCAGCGACUGUAACACCUCCCACUCCAAUCCCUACAGGUACUUCAGCGGAGGGGAAAGCGACACUUGCUCUUCGGCCGAGUCCUCCCCAUUCAACUCCCCUCUGCUAUCCCGUUCCGCAUCCCUCCUCAAGAUGUUCACCCACGAAACCCAAGCCAAAGUAUCCCGGGCCAAGCGCUCCUUCGCCAGGCACAGUUCUCUCUCCACGGAUGAGUGCAGCUCCGUGGAGACCAGCCCGAAUAUUCAGAGGCGCUUCCGUUGCCCUCCUUCCCCUGCUUUCCGAGGACGGAAAUACGGAGGUAACAUGGAUCGCUUCACGCAGCACACCGUCAACCUCCACAAGGGAGGAACUCUACGCCUCUGCACAGACUACGAUAUUGACGCCGCCAGGCUUCACGUCCGCGUGCUGGCAGCCGAGGACCUCUACGAUAAGCAGUUUGACGUGAAGAGCAUCAAUUGUUGCGUGGCUCUGUACCUGAACCCGGGAAAGCUCCAGAAACAACGGAGCACCAUUAUCAAGAACAGCCGCAACCCCGUCUUCAAUGAGGACUUCUACUUUGACUCCCUUCCUGUUGCGCAGGUGAAAAACCUUGCCAUCAAGAUGAAGGUUGUCAACAAGGGCACAAGUCUGAAGAGAGACAACCUUCUGGGAGAGAGGGAGGUACCCUUGAAGGAUCUGCUUUCUGGAAUCUAGAAGUCCAGUUCGUCCACCACCUGGGCAUGGGACAAAUUCCUCAAUGCAGUCUUCAACUAACAGAACCAGACAAGGAAAUAUUCCAGCUUUGAUUCCAAGUACUCAAAGUGAUUGGAGUUGUAAAAUUCUCCUACGAACUGUGUGCACCUUCCUAAUUUGUUUACCAGCAGUGAGAGUGUUUGUAUGUACUGUAUGUGUGAGAUCUUCUGUAUAUAUCUUCUUCAUGAGUGUACAGGCAUGCUCCGAUUGUGUACGUGUGAGUUCCCAGGGUUUGUGUUUGUGUUGAGACCAACGUCUUCUUGAUUCCAGACCCUGCUGGGUCUCACUGUUGGAGACACCGAUAGAUAAAAACAGCUCCCCAUCCACAUGGCUAUCUCGACGGCAACAGCUCAAUUAAUGCCAGUCACUUAAUGCCAGAACACAAAUGCAUGCUUCAUCAGCCGGUUUGAGCCUUAAAAUGAUGAGAAUGACAAAUAUAUAUUUUUCCCCCGUUUUGCUAUAACAACAGUGUUUCGCCUUAUGCCUCUUUAAUUUCACUCUAGGGUUUGAGACUGUGACAUUUCUCACUGUAAAACUACUGGACUUUUGCUGUUUUUCUUUUUGAACAUUGAGUCUGUGCAGUUAAAAACACCCUUCAGCCUUACUGAGUGACAAGCUGCACACUUUGAGUGACACAGAACUUUAGGGAGGGCGUGAUUCGUGAUUGGACAGAACAUGUGGCAUCAUCACGAAUGUCAUCAUGACAUGAUGAUUUCUGUAAAUAGAAGGCUGUUCUAAAUCUGCUUCUAGCUGCAUCUGAAAGGACUCCCUAUUCCCUAUAAAGUUGAUUAAAUCAUGCACUGUCUGGAGAAAGAGUUCAAGAUACUAUUGGAAACAAAGAAAUACCAAAAAUUGCCAUGGUAUUACCAUGUUAAUUGGACAUGCUACUGUGGUAGAGCCAUGACUUUUGUUUUUGCAGUAACUGCAUGGGCUUUUGGGCAUGUACUGUAUUAAUACCAUAGUUAUCACAUUUACAAUGGUUAUAUAUAUAAUUAUAGUAAUCAUUCAGAACCGUAGUGUAAAGUAUCAUAGUAUUACGAUCUGAUACCAUCACUUUACCAUGGUAAUACCAUAGUUUUUGGAUAUGUGCCAUGGUAAAACCAUGCUUUUGGACCAUGGCAAUCUUUGAAGUACCACAUUUACAUGGCAGUCCAAGUUUUUGGAUAUAUACCCUGAUUUUACCAUGGUAUUCUUUGAGGUGCCAUGUUAAUACCAUGGUAUGUGAAUAUGGUAUUCAUUCAGUGCCAUGAUACUGUGGAUGUCAAAGUAUUGCUUUACCAUGGUACUAUAUUUGUAAGGGAUAUACUAAGCUACACUGAGUAAAGUGUUAUAUAAAGGCUAUGCUAACAACGCUUGCAAAGAAGUUUCUUCAGAAACUUAACGUAUGUGUUUACAUUUCUAAAGGACAUUUACCAUGCCCACUAGUGCCAUUUUAGCUUCAAUCUCAGGUUAGGGAACAUAUUGCUUUUUCGUUACAUGUGCACUUUAAUGGAGUAUGUUGUUGAUUUGCAACAGUUUAUGGUGCGUCGUGGGUAACGUUUAAUAAAGUUUAAAAUUGUCCAAUAAGAUUUGAGAUAUCCCCCAGGAAAAAUUUACGUUUUCAUACACUGUUUAUGUUCAUAAAGUGUUCAGAUGAUUAUUCUUCUAUUUAAUAUGUGCACAGAGUUUUGGCAUGUUUAUAGUAUAUGUGUGUGUAGAUGUUUACCAAUGGAAGCAGUUGCAUGGCAAAAUGUUCAAGCUCUCACGUUUUCAUUUCUAUUGUUCUUGAGUCAGAUGGUGAACAUGUAAGGUAUAAGCUCACAUCUUUUCUUAACAUCCUCCCCCGUAUUAGCAUUUUUUUAGCCUACUAUGCUUUAAUUUUCAUGACAGAGUGCAACAGUGACCACCCAAUUUACCUGUAUUUUUCUCCUUUGGGAUUUCAAGAAGAAAAAAAAGGGUGUUAAAUAGUAAUACGUUGAAAUGAAUCUUGAAAGGUUUAUAUCAUUCUUAUAUCAUUCUCUGUGGAGAACAUGAAUGGGAUUUUCACCUCCAGUACCUUCUUUUGCACUAAAAUACUGUUGAUUAAAGUAGAGUUAGAUGAAUUUGGACUUUAAAAUUACUGUUGUAUAAGACACUGUAAUGCGUCAUACGUGGCAAGCUCUUUGUAUGACCUAAAGAGUGUCCGGUAAUAUUCCUGAGAGCUCUUCAAUCAGGUUACUGCACUCUUCGGUUCUUGAGUGGAUUCACACAAUUGCACCCAAUGCACCGCUAUUAGAAGUGAGACAGAUUGUCUCACAGUUCUGGCUUCGGUUCAAGGAAACACAUCUGUGUGUUUUUGAUGAAUAAUUUACAUAUCCUUAAGGGUGAAGUGUGUAAUUUAUAUGCCACAUGCAACCCCAAAUGGAAUUGCAGCUAGGUUUUCACAUUUUCCAUUGAAAUGUGAGCGAUGUUUGCCUGUGCAAAAGUUGCUAUGGAGUUGUUGUUGGUUGCCAUGGCUGUUCUGAGUGGUUGCUAGGCCAUUUGCAACUUCCAUAGUCUGGCGUUUUUCUAAAUGAAACAGGAUUUCAAUGAGGAAAAUGUCAGACGGGACAUGAUUCUAUCCAAGGGAGUUGAGUGAAUGGUGAAAAAUGUCUUGGGCGGUUGAAAAAAUAAGAGGGGUCGGUGAUGUCAACCAAAAAGGAAAGUCGUUUCAGAGGCUUUGAUUACUGAUUCAACAUACCAUUUUCUUUCCUUUUGAAUAGCAUGGACUGAUGAAUCAUGCGCAAUAGGGAUGUUCCCAAAGCUAAAUACUAUGUUUGGAAAGGAAAUGACGCAUUCUACGGAGCCCCUAAAGGGACAUGGUGCAGGGAGGAAAAAAUAUAUUUCAAUGCUUUUGCAUUCUCAGUUGGGUAAUUAUAGUCUAUUGUAAAAUAAUAUUGGCAUCAGGGAGCUGCUAUCAAUAUGCUGGGUUUUGAAAUCGCUUUUAAGUGCAUGUUCGCUUUUUCCUUUCACUUUUGAAUUCGUGAUCACGCGUACUCUGUGUAUAGGGAGCAGCAGUACUGACCACACAUUUUAAGCCCCGGUCUAUGGAAGCUUGUUUCUGCCACUAAAUAAGAAAUAAAAAAGGUAAUUGAGACUUUUUAUCUCACAAUUCUGACUUUUUUUCUCACAAUUGCGAGUUAUAAUGUCAGAAUUGCGAGAUAGAAACUCACAAUUGCAAGAAAUAAAGUCAGAAUUGCAAGUUAUAAACUCAGAAUGUUUCGUAAUAUGCUAAACACAUAAUUGCGCAAAAUAAACUUGCAAUUGUGAAAAAAAAGUCAAGCAAUUGCGACAUUAUAUCUUGCAAUUCUGACUUUAUGAAACAAUUGCGAGUUUAUAUCUCGGAAUUCUGAC